AUGUCGAAAGCGAUAAAGCAGAAUUUGGCGGACUCGAAGAAGGUUCUAAAUCCCCUUUUUCCUUCUCGAUUUCUUUCAUUUCCAGAUGAGCGCAGAGCUGUUCUGUCUCACCUACGGAGCUAUGGUCACCGAGAUGCUCAAAGACUACGAAGACCCGAAAGAUGUCACCGUGCAACUGGACAAGGUGAGCAGAACGGAAAAGACUGGAAGAGAAUGGCCACUUGCAGAUGGGGUUCAACAUGGGCACCCGCCUCGCCGACGACUUCCUCGCCAAGAACGCGAACGUGCCGCGUUGUGUGGACACGCGGCAGAUCGCGGACGUGCUCUGCCGCAACGCGAUUCCGUGCUACCUCGGAGUGUCGGCCACGGCGUCCGCGUGGACCAGCGGGGACCGCGAGUUCACCAUCACUCUCGAGUCGAAUCCACUGACCGAACUCGUUCAGGUUACCUGUUCCCAGCCAUUCUCUCCUAUUACUCCUUCCCGUCCAGGUUCCUGCGAAUCUUGUCUCAGCCGGACUCUCCUACUCUCAAAUGAUCGCCGGAGCCAUCCGCGGAGCCCUGGAGGCCGUCCAUUUCAAAGUUUACGCGUCGGCAACUGAUUCCGGCGCGAACACAGACAUCAGAAUUCGAUUCGAUCAGGUGCUCAAGGACAGUUUACCGGCAGGAGAGGACGAUUGA